AUGUUCGCUAUUUUUAUUCUUUUACUUUCGUUUCAUUUUUCAAUUGCCUUCGAUCCUCGUUUACGGCGAUUUUUGAACUCGGAAGUUCACAAUCGUAUCAAUGUUCUGGAACAGUCUCAUUCGACUCAUCGUAAUGAAACCGACUGGAUGCGUAUUAUAUUUUUAGCUAUCGCUAUUGGUUUCGGUCUUAUACUAUUAUUGGUUUUUCUUACAAUCGUUUAUUUAUGUCGGCGCGUUCGUCGUCAUGUUCAACAAACACAGUCGCCAACUCUAGCUGCAAUCGAACAUUCCGGUUUGUCGCAUUUACAUCCGAUUAUACCACCUUUACUGGGACUUCUUCAACAUCAGACUAAUCUUCCUUCAACAUCAUCAACCUCCGUAUAUGCACAACCUGCAUAUCCACAUUCCACCGUCUAUCCAUCACAGCUUCCAGUUCUCAAAUUUUGA